CCCUUUUAAAUACUUGACAUUUGCCAUGCAUUUACUCACGUUGACUCCUGCUGAGAUGACCAGUCCCUCUAUCUCAAGAUGGUCAAGUGCUGGGGAAAAUUUCUUCCUCAUCUGAGUCUUCAUAGAUAUAUGCUGUCCAGUGGCACUCUCUUUAUUAACUACAAUUGUUAGGUCUUUCCCCCCCCCCCCCAACUAGAUGGUAAAUGUUUUAAAAGAAAGGAACAUACCAUAUUUAUCUUUAGUUCCAUUACCGCAUUAUUUUUCAAACUGAGGGAGGAGUGUAUUCUUGGCAUAGACACUUGAGAGAAUAUUGGAUACUGGUGUCUUUCUGUAAUGAUUUUUAAAAAUAAUAUAAGUAUCAUUUGGGCCAUUUGGACAACCACCUGAGCCCUGAAACCUACCAAGCUAUUUCAGUGCCCACAUUUUAUUGUAUUCAUUCUUAUAUUUUGGUACCAAGAAAGAAAACUGGCUGAAAUAAACGAUGGAUGGCUUGCAGGUGAAGGACAAAUGACAUGCUGUAUGAACAAAGGUUUUUCAGCAAGUUAAAGAAAAGUGGUGAGAGAAUGGAUUUGUGCUACAGCAUGAGAGAGCGUGCCUGCCAAAUCAGAACAACCUGUGUGGUCAUAGCUUGUUUCUCUGUCUGAUAUCUAUUUAGUGGUCAAAACAUGUUUCUCUGUCUGAUAGGUAUUUAGUGCAGCCCCUUUUCAUUUCAUUGGUUUUCAGUUCUGUUUGUAUUUAAUUUGUAUUCUUCCAUCAGAUAUUUAUUUUUUGGUUUUUAUGAUUGUGUAAGAGCUUUAGCAUAUAGGUUAUGCCUAGUUUUAUGUUUGAAUGUAUUUAAAAAGCAGAAUACAAUAAUUUAAAUUUGUCCUGGGGUUCUGUAAGAAUGGUUUCCUUUAAAACACACACACACUACAUUUCUUAAUUUUUAGCAACAUUGACUUAGCUAUUCCAUAUCUUCUAUUCCUUUACAGCCUAGGCUUAGCAAAGAGCUAUUGUAAAGCUAAAAGCACAGUUGGCUGUGUAGACACAGGUGCGGGUACUUUAUAAAUGCCCAUUGCUUUAUUGAUCUUUGCUGUUUGUUUUCAGCUGGUAGGGACUCCACCUGGGUUCUUAAAAACAGAAAAACAAAAAGACUUUUAUCUCCUUCACAAAUUAUUCCCUCUUCCUAAAACAAUGAUACUAAUAAAUAUGACAAACCCACCAAAGAUAUAUUUAAAGGACCAGGAAGCUGCUGAGCGCCUACACUGUUCUUGCUCACAAUUCACAGAGAAAAUGUUCUUCAGGGGAGGAAUCUGGUUUUGGUUAUGUAUCAGAACAGGUGUCAUUCUAGGAAAUGAGCUAAAUAUCCCAGAGCAACACGGUAAAAAUCAUUGUUAUCAACUUAACAGGUUUCACUGCAGCUACGAGGAAGCAGAAAAUCACUGUCGUGUGGGGGGACACCUUGCUUACACUUGGAACCUGGAAGUCCAGAAUCUUCUCUGGGACUCUCUAGAGGAAGGGAGUAAGUGGUGGAUUGGGCAAAAUCUAAAGCACCUGGGAAAACAUCAAGAAAAAAACAAUCCAGGUAUGGUGGAUCCCCGGCCCCUGGAGCCGCCCAGCUGCACUUACAUGUUCAGAAACUCCAACUGGAUCUCAUCAAAAGUGGACUUGUGCCCCCUGGAACAUUCUUUCAUUUGCCAGGCUGAUGCCUUUCCAGACCGAGAUGAAAGACAUGGAGUGAAUUCUCAUUUACACGGGAGACCCGAGAAGACAAGAGGAGAAGUCCCAAUAAUGAGAAGCAACAGGACCGCAGCUACUUCUCCUGCAGCCGCCUGUCACCACCCCGCUCGUGCUAAUCUUGUAAGUAUGUCCCCGGACAGCACACAUCUGGGAUUUGUCACCUCUGCCCUUCCUGGUGGGUCCCGCCAGAAUGCCACUCUGGCUCACCAAGGGCCCCAGUCCAAGAUCCUGUGUCUUCCCAUCAGCCCAUUUCCUUCAACACUCCCCACAGUCACACGGCGGGUCAUGGCAGUGACCUCAGCGCCUACCGGGGCCAGCCUCUCCCUGACACGCCGGCGCUCCAGACUGGAGCUUGAAACACAGUCCGGGCAAGCUGUGGUCGAGGUGACCUCAAGCCGCAGAGGGGACUCCCAGGCAGAGGUGUUCACCCCUAACCUACAGACGUCACUUCAGGACACAUCUGAUCAAGUCAUAAACAAGAAAGCAGGGAAAAUGAGCAAAGUGAUUUAUGGUCUGCAAACUCACAGCAAAGUACAGACAGCUUGUGAGAUGCUCCGGAAACUGACAGCCUUUCUCCCAGGAAUUUCUAAGUCAGCUCAGGUCAGUGUCCUCGGUCCACUUGGUGACCCGAAUGGGCAGUUACCAGGGAGCGCAUAUGACAGCAACAGCAGUCUGCGCUUCGAAAACCCCGUGACUGUCUGCCUCAUUCACUCCCUCGACGAUGUCGUGGAAGCUGGUGAAGCCAGUCUGCAAAGAUCCAAGAAUGACACUGAGCAGGUAGAAAAUAUGCUGGAAAUGGCCUUGCUGGCCCUUGGAAAGAUCCAAGAAGUAUUUCUACAGCAGAACCGGGUUUCUGAGUCUUUAGUGACUAUGACCUCUUCCAUUGCUACUCUGAUGCUGAGCAAGCAAAACAUGUCAAAAUGGCCUCUGAGCUCCUACAGUCUCUGGUCCCCAGCACCUGUGAGGUUAGUCUUUCCAUCAGCCUCAGCUUUGCAAGAGCUCCUGAACAGACACCCGGGAGUCAAUGUCCAAGUGAUAAGAGGACUAGCUUUCAAUCCCUUCAGGGAUUUUGAUGACAAGAACAUUGUUGGAAGCAUCGGGAGUGUGUUGCUAAGCUCUAAUCAUAAAUUGUUCCAAGUUGAUGACUUAAUGGAAGAUAUCGAGAUCAUGCUGUGGAGAAAUGUUAGCAUGGAAAUCCAUUGCACCAGCCUCAGUGUGAGCUCAGAUCAUUUUAUUAUUGUAGUGAACAUCACUUUCCUGGAGAAAUCCCUGAUCGUAUGCAUAGAACCUGGAAGUCGCCUUUUAAUGACACUUUACCUGGGGUUCCAGUAACAGCCGAACCACACCCACUUUGACCUUAACGUCUCCCUUCCAAAGACUCAGGUGUGGCAAAAAGCUGAGGAAUCUACACGGGUGCUGAGCCCAGAGAGCCUGUGGCACGGGACCGGCCCCUACCACGUGAUGGCCCCAUGGAAUGACAGCAGGGAGAGCGCCCCGCAGACACCCGCCCAGCUCUCGGUGGUGACGGCCGUCACGCGGGGUUAUUUCUGGGACGGCCACAACAGCAUGUGGAAGAGCCGUGGAUGCCACGUAAGAAGCCACGCCACUUGCUCUUUCUCUACCGCCUGCGCUGGCAUGAAAUGCAGAGCAACUCUUACCUUGCUUGGGGGGGAGGGAGCCUAUUGCACAAAGACUGUGGUGCAAGGUUCUGGAAAUCAUGAGGCUGUUUGUAAAAGAGCUGAGAGGGGUCAUUCACGUGGGAACAGAGGGAAAGAGGAUGCUCUGGAAGGCACUGACACCAUUCAUGGCCUCAGCAGAGAUUUCUGGAAGAUCUGGAGCAAAGCCUUUCUAGCAAAUCCUCUACCUGGGAGCCUGCUCAAUGGCAGAUUCUGUUGUAGUCAAGGAGGGUGGGACCUGAGCUUCUGCCUUUCGAACAGGUUCCGAGGUGAUGUCAGUGCUCCAAGUUGCGGAGACGGCACUUUGAUGCCAACUCACAUCUGUCCUGUUCUCAUUUAUCUUCUUAGACCCCUGUUCUCGUCCCUCAUUGUAGAGAAGCUCACCCAGGACCAUCUGUGGCUCUCGGUCUUAACUUGACAUCCCUGGAACCGGUUUACGAGAGUCCAGAGACUCACUUGCUGCCUGACAUCGCUGCUGUGCAACAUGGUGGUCAAUGUUGUGUUCUGGAGGAGAGGCAGCAGCACGGCUGAGAGAGACAAGCCAGAUAAUGUCCAUGAGGAGGUCCUGUCUGUGGAUAAUCAUGGCGGACUUGCCAAACCGAUGCCUAGAGCUGGGAGGGCAACGACUGAGACGACUUCAGCUCUCAAGGAUGAAGGCUGCUGUCGUGUUCUUCUUCCAGUGGGUCCGUUUCCUGUGACCUGGUCCCAGCUGCUCACCAGCGUCCAAACUGCUGUCCUCCUCUUCCCCGUCAGUCUUGUAAUUGUGAUCCAGCCACACGAACCCCUGCCUCCCUUUCCUCCCAGCCAAGCCUCCUGCCUCCCAGAGGCUCCUUUUGAGCCUCUGUCUCACAGAGACUGACUUUUCUCAUCUUGGCUCCACAUUCAGGAAUUGAAGGAAACGGUGGGAUUCCUGCUCAGGAGAAACACCUACCUCCUCUCAGAGUGGGACCAAUCUUUAUGGGCGUCUCACAGCAUUAACAAGAUGGCGCAGCUUUUAGCCAGCCUCGUCUUUUCUCACUUGGAAGGUCACAGCUCUCCUCAGCAGGCAGGACCCCAUCCGGCAAAUGCGGUUCCUGAAAGCCACCAUCAUCUGUCCCGUUACCUGCUCGGAGUUCUGCAGCGGCUGCAGUCGCAUUUACGCGCCCCGGAUCCCACCCAGGCCGACCGGCCUCGUGACGUCCUUGAUGCCACUGCGAUGCAAAAACUCCAGGAGCUCUUGGAAACACGUCUCCUUCCCACAGAGCAGGGCCCUCCAGGUAAGGCCACGAGUUUCCCCAUCCUGAGCCCAGAAGAGAGGAAGCCCGUGGCUCAUGGCCUGUGCCGAGGGUUGACUUACCUCUGCUGGCUCUUCCUGGGCGUCACUAGCCUGGCUGCAGCCUUUUUUACUGCACUUUAUAGCUUGGAACUGACCAGAGAGCAGGCCACCAGCUGGGUUGUGUCAGUGAUGUUAUCCGUGCUUCACAACCUCGUCAUCAGCCAGCCAGUCCAGAGAUCACAAGUAGGCAGAGAGGCAGGCAGAUUUCUAUCGUACUUCAAGUCGCAGACCCGCUCCAGCGCUUACAGGGGACUUCCCAGAGCCGCCCCUGGCUACAUCCGGGUCCGCUCCCACCCCGGACCCUCCUCCGCUCCCCGUCAGCCGCGCAGGCUUCGGUGCCUUCCCACAUUUAUUGCUGAUGGGAACUCCUUGCUUCUGGGCAAUGUUCUGCUUCGUCAGAUUCGCAUUCCUAGCGCCGUACUCCUUCCAACUGGAGUGUCUCCCCGAGAACAAGCGAAGCCAUCUCCCCAAGAUCAGGAGGAUACAGAGAACUAUGGAGUAAACUGGGGCCCCCCUGAUACAAACGUCACAAAAUCAGACAGCAUUUGGCAUUAUCAGAAUCCAGAGAUAGCGGGUGGCUAUCCUGUCCAAGGGGAAUUUUCCACUUACUCAGGAGGAGGGUAUGUUGUGAGACUUGGAAGAAGCUCCCGUACUGCCAUCAGUUGGAAACGCCAGGCCAUUUUUCUCCUUCGCGGGAUUGAAUGGAGAAAGAAGCUGGCCCUGUUGUUCUAUUUUCCCGGAGUUCCGCAGCAUCUUGGACAGAGCCACUGGCUUGAGCAUUGCACCAAAAGCCUCUCUGUGGAAUCUGUGGUCUUCAGUGCUAACGUGAACCUGUUCUGGGUAGUGACCCUGAUUUUGGAGUCCAACAAUGCAGGUGCGUUCUCCCCCUCACUGAGGCUGGACACUUUAACUUCCCUUCAGGCAUCAAAGAAGGACUUUGCCUGGUCUCUCAUCUUGCAAGUCAUCUAUUACCUACUAGUCUGUUACUCUGCCUUUGUACAGGGUCAUCGGCUGAAACAACAGAGGUGGAGGUUCUUCUCUAGGAAAAGAAACAUUCUGGACGUGAGCAUAAUCCUCAUUAGCUUUGUCCUCCUGGGUCUGGACAGGAAGCGUACUUCUCUGCAUAAGAAAAACAUGGCGCAAUACGGCUAUGAGCGGGACAGGUUCAUCAGCUUCUACGAGGCAGUGCAAGUAAACUCAGCCAUCGUUCACCUCAUGGGCUUCCUGGUUCUAUUGGCAACUGUUCAGCUUUGGAACCUGCUGUACCAUAACCUCAGGCUGCAGGUCAUCGGUAGAACUGGCAAAGCCUGGGACGAGGUGGUGGGCUUCUUGCUGGUCAUCCUGAUCCUGCUCACAGGCUAUGCCACUGCUUUUAACCUGCUGUUUGGAUAGAGCAUCACUGACUACCGAACUUCCUUCAGCUCAGCAGUGACUGUUGUUGGCCUUCUACUGGGAAUCGCUCAUCCGGAGGAGGUUAUUGCUUUAGACCCAGUCCUGGGAUCCUUUCUGAUUCUCACCAGUGUCUUCCUGAUGCUACUUGUGAUCAUUAACCUUUUUGUUUCAAUGAUUCUCAUGGCCUUUGGUAAAGAAAGAAAAUCCCUUAAGGAGACAACUUUGAAAGAAGAUGGACUGAUAGAGAUGGUGCUACAGAAACUCGCCAGUUUACUAGGAAUCCAGCAACACCAGAACACUGAGCAAACAGCCAUGACAGCAAUGGGCAGUAACACAGAGGCUUUAAAAGAUGGAUUACCUUGGGUGCCUGGGUGACUCAGUCAGUUAAGUGUCUGCCUUGAGCUCAAGUCAUGAUCCCAGGGUC